AUGAUGUCUGUAGAAACAUGUUACAGACUGAGAGCUGAUUGGCUGAGACAGAAGUGGUUCAGUCCGGGCCUAUCACUGUCACCCCCCCUCUCUCUGCAGUGGUUCAGUCCGAGCCUGUCACUGUCGCCCCCCCCUCUCUCUGCAGUGGUUCAGUCCGAGCCUGUCACUGUCGCCCCCCCCUCUCUCUGCAGUGGUUCAGUCCGGGCCUAUCACUGUCGCCCCCCCCUCUCUCUGCAGUGGUUCAGUCCGGGCCUAUCACUGUCACCCCCCCUCUCUCUGCAGUGGUUCAGUCCGGGCCUGUCACUGUCACCCCCCCUCUCUCUGCAGUGGUUCAGUCCGAGCCUGUCACUGUCACCCCCCCUCUCUCUGCAGUGGUUCAGUCCGAGCCUGUCACUGUCACCCCCCCUCUCUCUGCAGUGGUUCAGUCCGAGCCUGUCACUGUCGCCCCCCCCCUCUCUCUGCAGUGGUUCAGUCCGAGCCUGUCACUGUCGCCCCCCCCUCUCUCUGCAGUGGUUCAGUCCGAGCCUGUCACUGUCGCCCCCCCCUCUCUCUGCAGUGGUUCAGUCCGAGCCUGUCACUGUCACCCCCCCUCUCUCUGCAGUGGUUCAGUCCGAGCCUGUCACUGUCGCCCCCCCUCUCUCUGCAGUGGUUCAGUCCGAGCCUGUCACUGUCGCCCCCCCUCUCUCUGCAGUGGUUCAGUCCGAGCCUGUCACUGGCGUCCCCCCCUCUCUCUGCAGUGGUUCAGUCCGAGCCUGUCACUGUUGCCCCCCCUCUCUCUGCAGUGGUUCAGUCCGAGCCUGUCACUGUUGCCCCCCCCUCUCUCUGCAGUGGUUCAGUCCGAGCCUGUCACUGUCACCCCCCCUCUCUCUGCAGUGGUUCAGUCCGAGCCUGUCACUGGCGUCCCCCCCCCCUCUCUCUGCAGUGGUUCAGUCCGAGCCUGUUACUGGCGUCCCCCCCCCUCUCUCUGCAGUGGUUCAGUCCGAGCCUGUCACUGGCGUCCCCCCUCCCUCUGCAGUGGUUCAGUCAGUCCGAGCCUGUCACUGUCACCCCCCCCUCUCUCUGCAGUGGUUCAGUCCGAGCCUGUCACUGGCGUCCCCCCCCCUCUCUCUGCAGUGGUUCAGUCCGAGCCUGUCACUGUCACCCCCCCUCUCUCUGCAGUGGUUCAGUCCGAGCCUGUCACUGUCCCCCCCCCUCUCUCUGCAGUGGUUCAGUCCGAGCCUGUCACUGUCACCCCCCCCUCUCUCUGCAGUGGUUCAGUCCGAGCCUGUCACUGGCGUCCCCCCCCUCUCUCUGCAGUGGUUCAGUCCGAGCCUGUCACUGUCCCCCCCCCUCUCUCUGCAGUGGUUCAGUCCGAGCCUGUCACUGUCCCCCCCCCUCUCUCUGCAGUGGUUCAGUCCGAGCCUGUCACUGGCGUCCCCCCCCCUCUCUCUGCAGUGGUUCAGUCCGUACAUUUGA